AAGUUGAUAGAGAGAUAAGGUGAGAGGCAAGUUGCCUUUGAGAGACUCCCUGAAGAUCAACUGCCUCCUGGUCACAUUCUGGUUUGGAAGCUGCUUCCCCCUGGUUGUGCUAAGGGGUGAUGCUCAAGACGCAUCACUUUUCAAGAACUGGAUCAUGAACAACUUCAUCCUCCUGGAAGAACAGCUAAUCAAGAAAUCCCAACAGAAGAGAAGAACUUCUCCCUCAAAUUUUAAAGUCCGCUUCUUUGUUUUAACCAAAACCAGCCUGGCAUACUUCGAGGAUCGUCAUGGGAAAAAGCGCACCUUGAAGGGCUCCAUCGAACUCUCCCGAAUCAAAUGUGUCGAGAUUGUGAAAAGUGACAUUAGCAUUCCAUGCCACUAUAAAUACCCAUUUCAGGUUGUGCAUGACAACUACCUCCUGUAUGUCUUUGCUCCAGACCGCGAGAGCCGGCAGCGCUGGGUGCUGGCCCUUAAAGAAGAAACAAGGAACAAUAACAGUCUGGUGUCCAAGUAUCACCCCAAUUUCUGGAUGGAUGGGAGAUGGAGGUGCUGUUCUCAGAUGGAGAAGCUUGCAACAGGUUGUGCCCACUAUGAUCCAACCAAGAAUGCUUCAAAAAAGCCUCUUCCUCCUACUCCUGAAGACAACAGGCGAUCACUUCCAGAACCUGAAGAGAUCCUGGUCAUUGCCUUGUAUGACUACCAAACCAAUGAUCCCCAGGAGCUAGCGUUGCAGCGUAAUGAAGAAUACUACCUGCUAGACAGCUCUGAGAUCCACUGGUGGAGAGUUCAGGACAGGAAUGGGCAUGAAGGGUAUGUACCAAGCAGUUAUCUGGUAGAGAAAUCUCCGAAUAGCCUGGAAACCUAUGAGUGGUACAAUAAGAGCAUCAGUCGAGACAAGGCUGAAAAACUUCUUUUGGACUCUGGCAAAGAAGGAGCCUUCAUGGUCCGAGAUUCUAGGACUCCAGGAACAUACACUGUAUCUGUUUUCACCAAGGCCAUUGUAAGUGAGAACAGCCCCUGUAUAAAGCAUUAUCACAUCAAGGAAACAAACGACAACCCCAAGCGAUACUAUGUGGCUGAAAAGUAUGUGUUUGACUCCAUCCCUCUCCUCAUCAAUUACCACCAGCACAAUGGAGGAGGCCUGGUCACUCGACUCCGGUAUCCAGUUUGUUCCUGGAGGCAGAAAGCUCCAGUAACUGCAGGACUAAGAUACGGAAAAUGGGUCAUCCAUCCCUCAGAGCUCACUUUUGUGCAGGAGAUUGGCAGUGGGCAGUUUGGCUUGGUACAUCUUGGUUACUGGCUCAACAAGGACAAGGUGGCUAUCAAAACCAUCCAGGAGGGGGCUAUGUCUGAAGAGGACUUCAUCGAGGAGGCCGAAGUCAUGAUGAAACUCUCUCACCCCAAGCUGGUCCAGCUGUAUGGUGUGUGUCUGGAGCAGGCCCCCAUCUGCCUGGUGUUCGAAUUCAUGGAACACGGCUGUCUAUCAGAUUACCUGCGCAACCAGCGGGGGCUCUUCGCAGCAGAGACCCUGCUGGGCAUGUGCCUGGACGUGUGUGAGGGCAUGGCCUAUCUGGAAAAAGCGUGUGUCAUCCACAGAGAUCUGGCUGCCCGAAAUUGUUUGGUGGGAGAAAACCAAGUCAUCAAGGUGUCCGACUUUGGGAUGACAAGGUUUGUCCUUGAUGACCAGUACACCAGUUCCACAGGCACCAAGUUCCCCGUGAAGUGGGCAUCCCCAGAGGUGUUCUCUUUCAGUCGCUACAGCAGCAAGUCGGACGUGUGGUCAUUCGGUGUGCUGAUGUGGGAAGUCUUCAGCGAAGGCCGAGUCCCCUAUGAAAACCGAAGCAACUCGGAGGUGGUAGAAGACAUCAGUACCGGAUUUCGGUUGUAUAAGCCUCGACUUGCCUCUGCUCCCAUCUACCAAAUCAUGAAUCAGUGCUGGAAAGAGAGACCAGAAGACCGGCCGCCCUUCUCCAGACUAUUUGGACAACUGGCCGAAAUGGCAGAAUCGGGACUUUAGUGGAGAUUCGCUGCCAGGCCAUGGACUGUACACCCUGAGCGGAGGAGGACUGUCCUCCUUCCACAGAGCAUUAGCAGCUGUCACCAUCAGCCCCGGACCCUCCAGAAGCAGCCUGGCCUGUGGUGCCUGCUCCUGAGCUGCCACGAAGGCAGCAUUUUGACAGAGGCCAGUGGCCAGACCAUAGGCGGGCAACUCCACCACGGAGCUGAGGGCCAGGCCACACAGCAGGGCUGUCCCUGUGCCCCGCUAGCCUCUGGUCCUGGAGUGCACAAACUUCCAUCUGACAGCUUUCGGGAAACAUUUCUUGCACUUCUUAGCAAUAGGGAGAGACAGAUGAAGAUCACAGAUUCUUACUUUUAUUGUUAUUUUAAGCCUGCAUCUCAAGUUUAUGGUCAAGGGACUUUUUUUUGAUCCGAUGUAAUAUUCGAGUAUACGAGGGAGGGCAAGGAGAAUGAGAAGCAAGGCCCUUCCUCUGAGAAAGCAGUGAGUUGAUUAAGGCCAGGAAGAGAGUUCUGUAGCUGUAAGCUGUCAGCCCCCACUUCCUGCCACAGAUGAGCUGGAGCAGCUUCUCACAUAGAGGCCGGAUGUCCUGAGAGGCAGCUCUCUUGAGGUUACAGAGCCCGCUGCCAUCUCUCUGCUUGGUGCAGCAUGGGGAGCUGUGCUGGAUGGAUGGGCUGAGCCCUUAGCAUACUUUAGUUGGACCAUUGGUAUUUGAUAUCCAGACAAGAAUGGGACAGUUUUUAAGAGCAGGAAACCAACAAGUACCAAACAGGCCUUAAGUUCUAACCACUCCAGCUCUCCCAUUUUAUACCAAGCCACACAAGUGACUACGCCUCCUCAUCUACACAGAAUGAGAGGAAACAGCUACUUCUGGACUCUCAUCUUUCAAGCCUUUGGCAGUCAGCCCCUUGUCUGCACUGUUUACCCACAUCAACAGAGGGCAGCAUCGUGCUGGUCAGCACAGCCCUGCAGAGGGAUUGAAGGUUAUUUAGGCCCUGGGGGUUGACACUUUCAAGGUUGAGACAUCAAGACUCCCCAACUUCUAGGAGAGAAAAAAGGAGUUUGUCCUUCCUCAGCCUGUCUGGAUGGAAACUGAGUCAAGCACUGACUGAGGUGCUUCCAUGAUGUACAAGGAUGUCUGCUGUUGAUUGAGCACUUGAAUAAGCAAAGUGAAUAUAUGCAGAGUUACUAGCCAUUCCUACAGAAUCUCAGUUCACCAUGGCCCAUGCCAACCCCUUGAGAUAGUAAUAUUGUCCCCAUUUUACAUAUUAUAGAACUGAGUCCUUAAAAAAUCCAUGGUACCUGCCCAAAAUGACAGAACUGGGGAGUUCAGAGCUGGGAUUUUAGUCCAAAUAUUUCUUGCUAGAGUGCAAACUUUUUUUAUUCUUAUUCAACAUUGCCUCCUACUGAGAAGGAAGAGAAUUGCAAAGGAGGUCCGCAUUGCAGAGGGGAAAGACUGAGAGCCAAGGCAAGUCACGCAACAGCACCAGUGAGUAAUUUUGCUUCUGCCUAGGCUACAAAGGUGAGCAGUGCAGCCCCCAACUUGGAUCAGGAUCUUCACCUUCUCCAUCUUCACCUUGAUCACAGUUAAUGACUUUGGAGUUACUCAGUUAAUUAGCGUUAAUCUUCCCGGUUCAACAGUCAGUUUGCAUAAAGCCAUUUAUAGAUGAGCUUGAAAGCAGCUUUAAAAGAUGCUACGGCGGAAGCGUACAUGUGCCCUCUAAUUAUCAUCCUAACUUCGAGUGUUGUCUUCUCAUGGGGAGCGCUUUCCAUGAUAUGAGAGACUUGAUUCUCCUGUAGUGUUCACAUAAAGCUCUUAGGAAAAUUAGCACGAGUGUUGCAAUCAACGCUUCCUAAGUCCUAUGAUGUCUGACUGGCUUCAGAUAUAGAUGCAUAUCCUUUAACUGUAAUUAUUGUGAAACAGAGAGCCUUAAGAUAAAAUAUCGUUCUGAAGAUAAUUUUACACAACUUACCACAAUCAUCCCUGUUUAUUUCUCAGCAUUUUGUACAUUCUCUUUUGGAAACCUUACCUAGGGAUGAUUUCUGGGACAUCCAGCCUACAAGAAAAGCAUCAAAAUUGACUGGUCUCUGUGGUUUGGUUUAGAAAACUUUCCCUAGUAUGGUAUUAUCUUUUUUAAUCUCAGAUUCAUGGGCCUUUAACUGAACAUGUGUGAACUGCUCAUGCCCAGGGUUCGGUGUCACAGAAUAGGCUUCUUGCCUGACGUUUGUUGCCCUCACGUUUUGAAAAUGGUGCCCUUUUCGCAGAAAAUUCCUUUAUUCAGUUUUAGUUGUAGUUGCAUUUUGUAGAAAUGUAUUUUGUAUCUUUCGUGACUGUGUAUUUAUAUGUGGAUCAGAUGUCUAUUUAUUAGUAUAUAAUCACUGCUACACAUUCAAAAUAAAGAGGUUGCAAGUAUCCUGUAUCCUUUGUAGAGCACAGCAAGUCAAAAAAAUUGCAUAUGGCAAAUAAAGCUGUGUAUGUUUCAACAAA